ACAACACCAUAAACAUUCAACAGUCGUGAUCGUGAAAAGAAACACUCUGCUUACUGUCCCAACAGCUGCAGAUUAAUUAAUUCUUGGUAAUUGAACCACAUAUUGGCCUUACGAGCUCCUGAUAAACCCUGUUUUCCUUUACCUGAUGCUGUGCCACUUGUUGAAACAAAUUGAUCACUUCCUGUCUGGCAAGAUGUGAACCAAAACGGCUUUUAAUCCGUGAGAAAUUAUGUAUAGACCUCCACAGAACUCGAAUAGAGUGAAAACAAUCAAAAGCAAGUUCGAAAACAUCGAAAAUAACAAACCUCCAGAGAAAAAUAAUGCGAAAAAUGGGUAUAGGAAUAACUUGAACUCCAAUAGGCCUCUUGAAAAAACCGAAAAGCCAACUGAGAGCCCGUUGAAUAAGCCAAUUUUGCAAAGGCAGCUCAGUGAUCAGUCUAGAAGGAGCAAUAUCAAGAGAACUCCAGCUUUCCGCGUGGAUAGAAGUGUAGAAAGGCCUAGCUCUUUCCAAAGAAAUUGUUACAACCGAAGUACCUUAUUCGAAAACAAAGUCAAACAGUUCAGUGCCUCUAAAUACAGCUGUGAUAGCAAUAGCAAUGAAGAUAGUGAAACAAGUGACAAAAAACCAUUGUUGGUUAACGAAGUGAAAAAUGUGAAAACUAGACCUUUAUUAGUUAAAUCAAAAAGCUCCCAUGACUUCCAGUACAUACGUAGUAAAUUCGAUAGAAAUACAAGCAAUAACAAUGAAAGCGAGGAAAACCAGUACGAGUUGAUAACGAAUAGGAAUUUAGAAAAUGUGGACUUGUCACUGUUGUAUACCGAGCCGAUUCCUAAAGCUCUCCGUAUAAAAAACACCGUAGAAAUCGAAGAGCCGGCAAAACUAGAGAAUCAAGUGAAAGACAUCUACAGUACAAGCACCUUGAAAAUUUCCGAUUUACCUCCGAAAAAUACGGAUGAAAGCCUUACUGAUACCUUGAAAAUAGCUUUAAAGCGACCGCUUCCUGUCGGUCCUGCACCUAAAAAACCCCCUCGAACAUUCCAAGUCUCGAACCUUGAAAAAAACAUUUCCUUUUUGCACGUCUCCAAGCAACCCGAGAAAAAACCCCAGAAAGUAGCAAAGAAAGCCGACCCGAAAUACAUGCUCAACAAGCUAGAAAACGCGCUGAGAAACAACAAACUGAAAGCCCGACGGCAAGCCAAAGUUGACAUUUCUACAACUUCUGGGGAAGACAGCGAUGACAGCUUGUUAUUCCGCAGCAAAACCAAUGAAAAGUCGACCCGUACUUUACCUAGGCUACCAAGCCAGGAUUCUGAUUACCAAGACACCUCAGCUUUCAAUUUGAAUUGCCUGAAUGGUCUUAGGUUCGCGAUGACCAAUUACGAGAAAAUCAAAGAACCUAAUUCGUGUUUUUUCGUCAGCAGUCCAGAAGAAGAGCCUGUUUAUGCGGAACCUUAUCACCAUCGCAAGGAUUCUUUGGAUUCGGCCAUCAUCAGGAAGCGAGAGGGAUCGACUAGCAGCAAACAGAGCGCCAGAAACAGUCUGUACUACAUGAGUACACCGUUGCUGAGUGAAGUGUCUAAGCUCAGCAACAUGAAUGGUUCGUCUAGUGCUUCGCCUAAACAACAGAUUGAUGUCAGACUUCCAGAUUUGAAGCUGAAUAACAGUUUCACUAGACAGGCAUCUGGUGAAUCUUCUUCUUUAUCUUCUUUCACAUCGGACUUGGAUUCAACCCCCUCCCCAAUGGAGGAAAGCUCCAAGAUCCGUAGCAUCAUAGAGUGCUACGAAACUGGCCAUAUCGACAGCGCAAACAGGGUGGAAAAUCUCAAGGUCACCCUCAAGCAAACCUUGGAUACCAGCUUCAAUUAUGACAGUGCCAUGCGAGAUUCCGACUCGGAGAACAAUGAAAAUGAGACCAAGGUGUCGGAAAUUAUCAGGAAGUUCGAGACCUACAGGCAGACCAUGCCCAAGUAUUGCAAACCAAGAAGCAACAGGGAAUCGUUGUUUUAUUGCUGUAUGAUUAUUGAGAAAGUCGGUGAUGCUGCUCAGAUCAAAUUCAAAUACCCUUCAUGUGUUGAUAUUCCGGAAAAACUGGAGAACUUGUGUUUUCCAGAAAGCGACAGUGUUCCUCUGGAUACAACCAAUACGUCACAGAACUAUUCCCUGCUGAUAACAAACGACAAAGGUGAAAGGAUGUACGGAUACUGUAGAAGAGUUCUUCCUGAAGGUUCAACUAGAUGUUUACCAUUGGCCUACUGCAUUCUGAGCAUAUACCGCGCCCCUAGGUUCUACAAAAAGAUUUUAGUGGAAUUGGAAUCUAGACAUGGCAUACCGAACAAAUUUCGGGACGAACUCAUCAGGGAGUUUUACCUGAAAAAGUUCCCCAAACCAGGCGAGUCCAUUAAAAUCAACCUGACAAAUAUCGAACCAAAAACUGUCAAGACUGAAAACAAAGAAAACAUUGAAGAAUCAGUAGAACUAGUAAGUUAUGUCCACGUGAACCGAACCGGCGAAUACAUAAGCCUCGAUAAGCAAAAAUCGAAAAACUCGGAACAAAUCUUCAUCAACGAGAGUGACUUGAAGAGCUCUUGUGCCAUCCCCAGUUACAUAGUGGAAUACGAAGAGAGCAUCGAGCUGGUUCUAACUCUGCAUCCUGAUACUCGAUAUGAAGACUCCGAUCUCAAAAGGCUGCACCAGCUGCCUGCUGACGUGUUAUUGAUGAUAUUCUCUUCGAUGUUACUAGAGAGGAAAGUAAUCCUCAUCAGUAGCAUCAUAAGUAAACUUUCUUCGUGUGUGGACUCCCUGCAAAGCAUACUCUACCCUUUCACGUGGCAUCACACAUUCAUCCCAAUUUUACCAGAAGCUUUGUGGGACAUCGUCGAGAGUCCCACCCCUGUGAUAUGUGGGGUGUUGUCCAAAGAAGUCAUUGAUUACCAUCAAAUCGAGAACGGUAUCGUGGUGGAUUUGGAUUCAGGAAAGGUAUGCAUGGAAGAAGGGGAUGAAAUGAAGAUUUUCAGCGGCAGCAUGCAGAAGGUGUGGAGAAGAAGCAUAGCGCUGGCUAACAAAGCUGCAGCCUCCAUGGAUUACGUACACUCUGUAUAUCUCAGCGACGCCUAUCUGCAAGUUUUCAUCAUGUGCUUCAAGGAUUACAAGAAGUUUUUUCUCGAUGGAGUUUUCCAGAAGGAGGAUUUUAUAAAACAAGCCAAAACCAAAGGGAUUCGAAGAUUUUUGCGGAUGUUUACGGAAACUUACAUGUUUCUGGCAUUCCUGGAUACAGUAUUGAACACACCCGAAAAUCUCGUGGAAUUCGAUAAAAAAAUUGAAAUGUACGGUUCUGAAGAUUCCAGCGUAAUAUUAGAUAAGUUACUCGAAUGGAACAGGUAGUUUGUUGUUGAUUCUGUUACUUUUUUCUUGUAUAUUAUUUUAACUUGUUUAAGCAGCUUGCUUAGCUUUAGUAUUAUGAAAAUAUGUAAGAUAUUUUUUGUACCAACGAUAUUUUAAUAAAAUCAUUUUUCUAGAUUU